CCGUGACUGAGACGCUAGGCUAAAGCGGAAACAGCUGUCACCACAGUAGACUUCGGGAAGAAGACGACAUGUGAAUAAAACUUUGACCAAAUACGUUUAAAAGUUGGCUAAUUGUGAGUGUAGCUGAGCUGCCAUGAAGACGGUGUUUGUGACCGUUGGUACGACGAGGUUUGACGAGCUGAUUGAAACGGUCACGUGCUCUGAAGCCGCAAAGGCAUUAAAGGCUCGAGGAUACAAGCGUUUGCUUCUGCAGAUUGGAAGAGGAUCUUUUGUCCCAGAUGCUGACAGCUGUCCAGAACUGAAACUAGAAGUUUUUCGAUUUAAAGACUCUAUUGCUGAGGACAUGAAACAAGCUGAUCUUGUCAUCAGCCAUGCAGGAGCAGGAAGUUGUCUGGAAGCUCUUGGCGCUGGCAAACCUUUGCUGGUUGUAGUCAACGACAAGCUGAUGGACAACCACCAGCUGGAGUUAGCCAGGCAGCUGCACACAGACCACCAUCUGCUGUACUGCACAUGCAGCUCCCUCACAGAAACUCUGAAGACCAUGGACCUCUCUGUUCUGCAGCCGUUCCCACCCGGACAACCAAAGACUUUUGCCAACUUUCUGGACAAAGUUGUGGGACUUAAAUGAAACUUUUGAGAAUGUGCUUGUUUUUCAUGUAAAAUUUUUCUGAACAUCAAGCAUGGGUGCAUCUUUUUAAAUAUAUUUGUAUGCAAUAAUUACACAUUUUGAACUUUAAACAUCUGUUUGUGAGCUGUUGUCUCCCAGCUCUCACAACUCAGUUCUUAAAAAAAGCAGUUUGAAAGAAGUUGAGACAGGCAGCUUCCAUCAUUGUAGAUGUUUCCUUAAAAAAAAAGGCUGCAGUUCUUAAAAAACAGGAAAACAGACACAGUGUUCUGAAUGUUUCAAUCUGUGUUGUGAUGCACAGCAGGAAUGUGUUGCUCUUCCAGAUGAUGGUCCACGGGGAACAGCAGGGAUCAUAGUGAUGCUGCUGGCGCAAAUCUACAAACACAUCAUUCUCAUCGAUCUGUGUGCCUAGUUCGGUGCAUCUUUUAAAGAAUUUCUUUCAUAUUCUGUUAGUUCUAAAUGACUCAUCAACUUCAAAGUACUGUAAUUUUUCAGAGAUUUUUGAUUGUUACUUUUUUGAGGUCAUAAAAUGUUUUUUUAUUUGUUAUUUCCCAACAGACGGUCAGUGGCCAGUGCGUGUGGUUGUCAUGUGAAAAACAUAAACGACUGAGCUUUUGACCAGUUGUUUUGCUUUAUUUUUUACUUGUUGCAUUUUUAUAUAAAAUGAUAAAUUACUGCAGUGCAUUUCCACAACUAAUGGGAUGUUUAAUAGGAAGUCUCAGUUAAGGCUGGUAUUCAUUUUGAAACAAUCAGACCUUUUCUAACUUGUUGCACACAUGAUGUGAACAAUCGCAUCACUUGAAUGGUAUUUAGGACUAUUUUGAAUCACUACAGACAGCAUCUUUUUGUCUCAGCUUUAUUGCUGUUUGGCCUGAAAAGGAUUCGUCAAGGUGACGUCAUUGGUUUCAGGCUAAAUGUGUUUUUCUUUUUCUUUUCUCUUUUCUCUGACUGUUUACUUGUGUGUUCAAAGCCAGAAGGGAACAGUGCUUCAGUGUACACCCAGAUCUAAAAUAAAUCUGUUGUAACAACA